ACGGCGCAACGCACCGUCUAGAUAUGAAACAGGCCGCUUGUGGCGCGCGUCGCGCUAGUUCUGCUAGUAAAAAUUGCAAUUUUCGCGCCAAAGUGACGUUUCCCUAAGAGGUAUCGAGAACGCGUUAAAAAUUUGUGCAUCGAGCCAAAGUAUUUUCGUGGUGUUAAUUGUUAGCCCAAUUUGGGCUGUUGACAAAUUAAAAUAUGGAUUCGUGGGGCAUUUUAAAUGUGGAUACCGCAGCGGCUGCUAUAUCCCGAGAUGAUAUGCAAAGUAGUUUCAGGCGAAAACAAACCAUGACUAUAGAAAAACUACCAGAUAAGGUGCUUCUAAAUAUAUUUUCGUAUUUGACCCAUCGGGAAAUAUGUCGUAUGGCAACAGUAUGCAAGCGAUGGCGAAUGGUAGCUUACGAUACAAAACUCUGGACUCACGUCAGCUUGCGACCUGAAAUAUCAGGAUUACAUGUAGGUUCUCUGGAAUCGUUACUAGCGUUGAUCUCUAUAAGAUUCGGCCCAUCACUGCGAUAUAUUGAGCUUCCAAUAGAACUAAUUACACAUACAGUUCUGCACGAACUUGCAGCAAAGUGCCCGAAUUUGACUCAUAUGCUACUUGAUUUUAGUACAGCUAUGCAGCUUCACGACUUCUCCGAGAUGCAGGCGUUCCCCACAAAAUUGCGUUACCUAUGCAUCUGCUUGUCAGAGGUCAUCUUUAUGGAAGGCUUCAUGAGAAAAAUUUACAACUUCAUCAACGGAUUAGAAAUAUUGCAUCUUAUUGGAACAUACGAGAAGGUUGAAGAAGAGGAAGAAGAAAUAUAUGAAGUGAUAAACGUUCACAAACUGAAGUCUGCGACGCCCAACCUGCGCGUCAUCAACUUGUAUGGAAUCAAUUUUGUUGACGACUCACAUAUUGAUGCCUUCAGCUCUAACUGUAUACAACUCGAAUGUCUCGCUGUUAAUUUUUGCAACAAAGUAACAGGCUCCACAAUGAAAACCCUGUUCCAACGAUCCAGAAGACUUACCUGUUUGUUGAUGAACGGAUGUAGUCUUCAUUCAGAGUACGUAAUGCAAGUCGAAUGGGAGAAAUCAUCUGUUCAGGAGUUAGAUGUGACAGCUACGGAUUUGUCCACCGAGUGCCUUAUAGACAUGCUCACGAGGAUACCCAACUUGAGGUUCUUGAGCGCUGGUCAGAUCAAUGGGUUCAAUGAUUCCGUGUUGAAGGCUUGGUUAGAAGCCGGUACGGCCAGGAACCUGGUCGCGCUGGACGUGGACUCGUCGGACAACCUGUCUGACGAGGCGCUGCACCGCUUCCUGUCGCGCCACGGGGGCCAGCUGUGGGGCCUCGUGCUCAGCGGCAUGCCGCACAUCACCGACCAGCUGUGGCAGAGCGUGCUGCAGCUGCUCACCAACGCCAAGAUACUCAUAAUGGGAACGCAAGAGCGGCUUGGAGUAAACAUUCACGUCGAUCAGCUAAUGGACGGCAUAGCCAAUAGCUGUCCUAACUUGGAACGGCUCGAGUUGAGAUGGGAUCCAGAGAACCUUAGAUUCAGUGACAAGAGUCAAAAGGCUAUUGAUAUCCUUCGGGUUAAAUGUCUUAAGCUAAAAUGUCUCGUCUUGAGCGAUGGUCGUUAUUAUGAAAUCGUGAAGGCGAAUUUCGAACGCGCUGAUCGGACCACUGUCGUUAGAACAUCGACGAAUUGCAGAGUCUCUAACUAUUACUUACUAUCUAAUUAUAAGGAUUUAAUAUUUAAUUGAACAUUGUUUUCCCUAACCUUGUUUUGUGGAAUGUUUAGCAUCCAGACGGAAAUAAAAAAUGAAAUAAAUUAUAGCUUAAAAAAAAAGUUUUGAUCUAAA